UCCCUUGCUUUUCAUAUUCUCUUAAACAAAUUUGUUCCUCUGACUCCACAAAAACAUAGGGACAUAGAAAGAGGAGAGAUGAUGCAAAAACAUUCGCAGAAACUGUCUUACAAAGAAUCUGUCAAAGCUCUUGAAGCUGAUAUACAACAUGCCAAUGCUUUGGAAGUUUCUCUUCCAAGAGAUUAUGGGGGAGAAUGUCUUCAAAUGAGAUUGUCUUUCAAUCCUCUUGCUCUAUUGUUUAUAUUUUUGAUUGAAUGGAUGGAUUGUAGUUGUACAGAUACCCUCCCAAACUACCUAGGUCUUCUUAACAUACUUAUAUACAAGGUACACGUUGACGGCAAAACAACUAUAUCUUCACAUGAAAGGAGAGCCAGUCUUACGGAAUUCUAUGCUGUAAUAUAUCCGUCUCUUCAACUAAUAGAGGGCGACUUAACCGCACUGGAGGAAAAAUGUAAGAUGAGUUGGUUUACACAUGUCUCGGAAAAGAAAAGGGCCGAAGAGAGGAGAAGGAUCAUCAGCAAGGAUCUUGAAACGGAUGAUGAAUGUGGAAUUUGUAUGGAAGCUUGUACUAGGAUGGUCUUACCCAACUGUGGGCAUUCCCUUCGCCUUAACUGCUCCCAUGAUUGGAAUUUGCAAUCUCAAUCCUGCCCUUUUUGUCGUGGUAGCCUAAAAAGAGUAACCUCAAAAGACUUGUGGGUUCUUACGAGUAACGACGAUGUGGUAGACACAACAACUCUUGCAAAGGAGAAUCUCAUACGUUUCUAUCUCUACAUGAAUUCUUUGCCUCUUGUGAUCCCUGAUACCCUUUUCUUUGUACAUGAUUACAUGGUCUGAUGACUUAUAGAUGGCGAAGAUGCUGACUGCCCCUUCUAAUUUGUACAUAGUCUUGUAUGGGAAGUCUAGCUGUUUGUUCGUCUUAGAGUGUUGACCUCAAGCUCCCAUAAAGAAGAUAUUGAUGCUCAAAUAUGGGUAGAUUGUUGUUCUAGAAUCUACCAACUUAAAUGCAAGUUUACUGAAUGCCCGAUUCUCAGACUCGAAUUUGGUGUCUUUCUUCCUCUCAUGAUCGGCCAAAGAGUUGAAAACAAGAUGUGAAGCACUUGCUAUUAUAAAGGAAAUGCAGAUGAAGG